AUGAAACUGGCUUGGUCAGCGGAAGAACUGCAAUGCAGAAAUGAUUGGACAAGCUCUGUAUGCGCAGUGGACGAAUUACCCGGAAGCAAACAUGUACUGUGCGCUUGGAUUUCGGGACAGGAGGCCGCUGUAAUGGAAUCAAAGGCUGAUAGUGAUGUUGCCGAGGGUAUUACAAAACUUCUGCGGCGUUUUACAGGAAAUCCUUGUCUUCCAUACCCACAAAUGAUGUUACGCUCGCGAUGGGCGUCAGACCCUCAUUUCUGCGGGGCAUACUCUUAUAUGAGUUGCUGUUCGACCGUUAGCCACCAGUGCGAAUUGGGCACCCCCGUUCCAGGGCCAUGCGAUCCACAGCCACCAAUACUAUUGUUCGCGGGUGAAGCUACAGUCCCCGGCUAUUUUGCAACUGUACAUGGUGCAAGGCUUAGCGGCAUCCGUGAAGCUGAGCGCAUAAUAUUGCUAACCAAAAAAUUUAAUGGUCCACCUCAG